CUCUCGGCCCCGGAUGUGACUGUUGGGCUGCGGCGCCUCGUGCCCUACACAAAAAGAGAUUGGGCGCCCAUGAGUGAGGUCAUCACGAGGCGCGGAGGAGGGAAACGGGAAAGCGCAGAGUCUUCUGGGCCAUUAUGGCAGUCAAGUGGACUGGUGGACAUUCUUCUCCUAUUCUCUGCCUGAAUGCAAGUCAAGAAGGGCUAGUGGCUUCUGGAGCAGAGGGUGGAGAUCUAAUGGCUUGGGGUGAAGAUGGGACUCCAUUAGGACACACGCACUUUGAAGGGGCUGAUGAUGUUACCAGUGUCUUAUUCUCACCCUCCUGCCCCACCAAGCUGUAUGCCUCACAUGGAGAAACAAUUAGCAUACUGGAUGUCAGGUCCCUCAAAGGUUCCCUGGACCAUUUUCAUGUGAAUGAAGAAGAAAUCAAUUGUCUUUCAUUGAAUGAAACUGAAAACCUGUUGGCUUCUGCUGAUGAUUCUGGGGCAAUCAAAAUCCUAGACUUGGAAAAUAGGAAAGUUAGCAGAUCACUGAAGAAACAUGCCAAUAUUUGUUCCUCUGUAGCUUUUCGGCCUCAAAAGCCUCAGAGCCUCGUGUCAUGUGGACUGGAUAUGCAGGUCAUGCUGUGGAACCUUCAGAAAGCCCGGCCACUCUGGAUUACAAAUUUACAGGAAGAUGAAACAGAAGAAAUAGAAAGCCCACAGUCACCUGGUCAGCUUUUAAAUCCUGCUCUAGCCCACUCUGUGUCUGUAGCAUCGUGUGGCAAUAUUUUCAGUUGUGGUGCAGAAGAUGGUAAGAUUCGAGUCUUUAGGGUGAUGGGAGUCAAGUGUGAACAGGAACUAGGAUUUAAGGGCCACACUUUAGGGGUAUCCCAGGUCUGCUUUCUGCCAGAAUCCUAUUUGCUGCUUACUGGAGGGAAUGAUAGGAAAAUAAUGUUGUGGGAUAUAAGCAGUGAAGUUGAGAAAAAACAGAAAAGUCCUUCAAAACAUACCCACAGAAAGAAAACUAAAAGAGCAACUUACACCAAGCAGGGUGGAAACACUCAUGCUUCAGUAACAGAUGAAGAACAUGUUAAAAUUUUACCAAAGCUAAAUAUUGAACAUGGAGAUAAAGUGAACUGGCUCUUGAGUGCAAAAAUAAAGGGAUACCAAAAUAUAUUAGUAGCUGAUCAAACUAGUUGUAUAUCUGUAUAUCCCUUAAAAGAAUUUUAAAGCCAAUAAAAAUGUUUGGAAAAUUGCAGUAAAACUUUUUAUGUGUU